GAAUUUCCGCAAGUCAUGUGAUCUAGCUGCCGAUCACGUGGUACAGGUCAAGCUUUGGGACAAAAUGGCGGCUGUCAACCGUGCCCUUGAGUGAGCCUCGCCAAGUUCAAAGUGCAAUAUCGUCAAUAUGGGGGUAAAACGAUGCGCUUAUGGCACUUGUAAUAGUGACUCACGUUUCUACCAUAAACCACAUAUGGCAGAUGUGUUUUUUAUUACAUUUCCAAAGCCCACAUCAAAGCCGGAGAUGUGUGACCGCUGGAUCAGAGCGUGUUCCCGCGGUGAUGAUUUUGGCCGUCACAAGAUCACCCAAGAUACAUAUGUAUGUUCCAAACACUUUGUUGAUGGACAUGGUCCUACAGGCGAACAUCCUGACCCUAUACCAGCUACCGCUAGAGGUGUGGAACUUAGAAUCUUCAACACGAAGAAGUCAAGACCACCACCCAAAGGCCGUGUGAGCUUGUCGCCAGAGAAGAAAAAAAGUCGUUCACAACUCCAGGUACUCAAUGUGAACAUUGAUAAGGAAAAUGAAAUAACUGAGGGUUCUGAAGAGCAAGAUACAAAUGUUGAUAAUGAAGAUGCAAGAAAACAGGUUUCCUGUUCUGAUGCAGCUACUCAGACUGACAUCUUGCAUGAUGAUCUGGCUGGCUACAGUGAUGAUCAGCUCAAACAACCUAAACUUCUACAGAGAAAACUAUUCAUGGAUGAUGUUCUCAGAAGUGACAAAUCAUGCAAAUUCUACACAGGUAUUACAUCCAUCCAGCUUCUGUUGUUCCUGCACAGAUUCCUACAGUCCAAAGCUGAGAGGUUAACACUGUGGAAAGGGGAAGAAACAACAGAGAAUGCCAAAAAACAAAGAUGA